CUCGCUGAGAGCCGCCGCCGCCGGCCCCCCUCCCUCGCUGAGAGCCGCCGCCGCCGCCGCCCCCGCCCCCCCUUUUCCCUCGCUGAGAGCCUGAUAGCCGCCUCCUCUCGGUGUCGUCGCCUCUUCAACGACCGGCCGGCGGCUCUUCGCGUCCUUCUCCCCCGGACGGCAACCUCCGCGGCUCCGGUCACCGACUCACAGUCACCGGGAAAAUCAUGGCCACCAUGAACAUGAAUCUUAUUAUGGAGAACGGGACACAGAAAGUUUAGUUGUGGCAAUGGAAACUCUGGUUGCACCUGUUCCAAGAGAGUUCCAUAAACUAGCAUUGGAUGACAAAUCUGGUCAAACCAUCGAUACAGCAAAACGGCCUGCGCCAUUGACUAGUGGGUGUAGAAUAGAAGGUUUUGUGCUUGUCAAAAAGAUUGAGCAUUACCUUCAAUUGGUAAAGACUGAGAUAGCAUCAAGAAAAUCUUCUCGGGAGUUUAAAUUGCUAGAGGAGUAUGAGUAUACAGCCCACAGUAGUUUGGUGCACAGUCUGCAUAUUCCUGCUGCCAAAUUCCAUUUUGAGCCCUCUCCUAUGCAGGUCUUGGUAACUGAAGUUCCAAAAUCCUUCUCGCACUUCAUUACAAAUGUAUGUGCUAUCAUUGGAGGCAUUUUUACGGUGUCUGGAAUAUUGGAUUCUAUCCUGCACAAUACGAUCCGGCUUAUGAGAAAGGUUGAAUUAGGAAAACAAUUUUGAUGGGCAAAGGUGAAAUAUUGGUUGUACAACGGGUCCAAAGUUUUGCUCAUUCCCCUAGUUAGCAAUUCCAUUUUGAAUGCUUUCACUCAUAAGAGAAGUGAAGUUGUCAUGGCAAAGUAUUCAGCUGAAUACUCCAAAAAAUAUGGUGAUGCCUCCACCUCAGAUGCUCCUCCACGUGAUUAUGACUUGUGGUUUGACGCAACUGAUGUCCCAACUCAUGGCCAUGUCUAUGGCUUUAGUCCCCUAGAGGAUCUCACUGGAAUUAUUGGGCAAUCAUCAUCUGCUUCCACCUCUACAGGUCAAGCUCCAGAGCUGUACACUCAUGAAGACCUUCUACGUAUUCUUGAGCAAGAAAAGAAAAAAUGGCAAGAGGAGAUUCUUCAAAAGAUGAGAGAAGAGAUUGGCUUUGGACCAAGGCAUG